CUCCAGGCUUUUUGACUCCGUACGAAACAGGGCAGGCUCCACCGUGAGUCGUUCCACGUGGGAAUGCACAAGGGUGGGGCCAGGUGGCUCCUGCAAACUGCAUCUCCCUCGGUAAACCCUAACCACCGGGGAGACGGCCAGUCUCACAGUGGUAGCGCAGCAUCCUGCCUGCCCAUGAUGCUGUCUGUGUCUGUGUCUGUGUCUGUCCACCAGGCAUCCCGCCUCCCCGCAGCCAGGCUCUUCCUUCGUCGGCGCUUCUUUUUCUUCGUUCGCCAUUGCUGCUGGCAUGGAUCGAGACUUUGAUUGCCAAUCGAUGCAGCCGCACGCCUGCAUCCAGGUACCUCGAUGCGUGU